CCUACUCCUCCAGUUCAAUAGAUACCUUUUCAAUAUCAUCAAAUCAAAAAAGAAGAGUCUGCGUGUGUGAGAGAAAGAGAAAUGGCUCCGGGUAUUGCUGCAGUAACUGAGAUGAGAAACCACAAGAUGAGAGUACCUUUUUGGAAGGAUGAUGAUGAUAAUCAAAUGGAGGACCUGAAAAGAAGGAAUCAAGAGCUGGAAAGAGAGCUAAAGAAAGGGAUAGAAAGAGAGAUAAAGAUGAAAGAAGAGCUGGAGAGGACUAAAGAGAGAUUAAGGUUGGUUGAAGACGCCGAGGAGAUGCUCUGUUCUCAAUUGGGCGAGCUCGAGGCUGAGGCCGUCAUGCACGCUCGCCAGUACCAACUCCGCGUCGCCGAACUCUCCGAUCAGCUCGCCCGCGCUCUCCAGAGAUAGCGCCGAGAUCGAUGAUCUGGAUCUCCUGCGCCGUUUCUUCUUUUCUUUUCUUUUCUUUUAAUUUGUUUGGUUUUGCUACUUUGUGUGUGUUUGUGUGUGUUUGAUGAUGCAGCAACUGAAUGUAAAUUUUUAGUAUUUAUUA